GCACCGUUCUGCUGCCAGAAACUGGAGAGCAGAGAAAAAAGGAGGAAACCUGGGGGAUUAAGUGACUGCUUCACAUCACCGAGGAUAAUUUUGGAUAUAAUCCACUGACUUUAGCUGUGGCUACAGUAACAGAAAAUUGAGAAACGAUGUUCGGCUAAUGUCCAGAGACAUAACGAGCUCGCCUGGACUCGCUCUUUGAAGUUUUGGCUGAAGAAGUUCACAACGGCUACGGCUAGCUGUUAACCUUAUCACUAGGGCUGUUCUUUUCGCUGCCACAGACCUACAUCACAUAAAAGCAGCAGCCAUGGUGUCCUGGAUGAUUUCCAGAAGCGUUGUGCUGGUGUUUGGGACCCUAUAUCCUGCAUAUUACUCUUACAAAGCAGUCAAGACCAAAAAUGUCAAGGAAUAUGUGCGUUGGAUGAUGUACUGGAUUGUUUUUGCCCUCUACACUGUGGUGGAGACCAUCUCUGACCUUACGUUAGCAUGGUUUCCUUUGUACUAUGAGCUGAAGAUUGCCUUUGUGAUCUGGCUACUGUCGCCCUACACCAGAGGAGCGAGUCUCAUUUACAGGAAGUGCCUGCACCCACUGCUGUCCUCCAGAGAGAGGGAAAUAGAUGAAUAUAUUGUGCAGGCCAAAGAGAAAAGCUAUGAAACCAUGGUGAACUUUGGCAAGCAGGGACUGAGCAUCGCAGCCACGGCUGCUGUCACCGCAGCUGUCAAGGGUCAGGGCGCCAUCACGGAGAAGCUGCGAAGCCUGAGCAUGCACGACCUCACGCAGAUAAGCCAGCAGGACGACAGGGGGAACCAGCUGUACCAAUACAGCUCCCACGCGUCCAACCCUGCCAUGAGGAGAUCUCAGAGUGCUGAUGUUGCAGAUGGAGAAGAUUACUUUUAUGACCAGGAGGACCGGUCAGAUGAGGAGGGGGAGCCAAUAUUCUCCGAAGACGAGGCCGUUACUCAGAAAGGACUGAGGCGGUCGCAGAGUGUCAAGAUAACACGGUCUAGGAUCCGCAAAGACGCUCGGUAUGGAUCCCUGAAGAUUAAAGGCAAGAAGAGACCAGCACUGAACUCGGUGAAUUAUGGGGUGUGAAGAAACUACUGCUGAUAUAUAUCUAUAUAUAUAUAUACACACACACACACACACACUGAUUGAUCGGUCGAUGGUAUUUACAGUUCUUCUCGGUCUGAACUCUUUUUGCGUGUCUCCGAUCUCGAGUCUUCUGCUGACAUAUUUAUUCCCUCGGUGAAGGUCGAUGAAGACGCUGUUUGACCUUUUGUCUUUGGGACGAUUUUGCAUGGACUUUUGUUUGUUUGUUUGUCAUAGUGUUAAGUCAUAGUGUUAAGGUGUGAUGUUGUGUUUUGUUUUUUUUCUUUUAGAGUUUGAGGUCUGUCCAAUUGACACUUUUUUUCACUUGUGGUACCACUUUUUAAAAAAGGCGUCGUCUGUGUACAGUUCAUAAAUACUAAUGUUUUAUCAAUGAAACUAAUGCUUUAUUAAACUGUUAAGAAGAGCAGCGUUUGGGUUGCCAGGUUUCGGAAGAUCCCAUUGGCCACUAAUCUAAUAGAAAGGGCAUUUUAUUAAAAACGUUUUAACGCACAGUCCAAAAACAUGCAGAUUUGGGGAUUAGGUAAACUGGACACUCUAAAUUGACUGUAGGUGUGAGUGUGAAUGGUUGUUUGUCUCUAUGUGGCCUUGUGAUGGACAGCUGGGAUUGGCACCAGCGCCUCCCGCAACCCUCAUGCGGAGGAUAAAGUGGUAGAAGGUGGAUGAAUGGAUGGAACUACAAACCCUAUAUCUUCAUAGGAGACAGACCCAUGAUCUUAGUAAAUAAAAAAUAUUGCCCAAUUCAACUCAAUUUUACUACAGGACAAACGUAUAAAAUGCUCCCUUGUUACAAAUAAAGAGUUACUUACCAGAAGUAAAGCUUCAUUUAGGUUUUGUACAUUUAUUCCUACUUUUUAUGCUUUUAUGACCACAUCAAUCAUGAAAAGAAAACAUUUUUAAUUAUUUUUACUAGAUUCAGAUUAAAUGAAGGUGGAUUUAUACUAAAAAAAUACAUUUAAGUAACGGUAUCAAUAAUAACCUGGCAACCCAAAGUUGUUGUUUUAAUCGUUGGUUUAUAAAUGCUUGCAAAUCAUUAUUCAAAGAUUUGUCCUAAUACAAAAAGCAACCUUUAAAACAUGGCAGCGCGUCAGUGUCUGCUGCUGCUGCCUUUCAGGUAUUGUUUUUCAGCGAGUAACUUGAUCUGACGAAGCUCUGACACUGUUCUUCACUUGGAGUCAGUUACCUUCUCUGUGGCUCAGCGUUUGUUUUGUUUUUCUUACCUUGGACACACGCACACGUGCAACAUUCCCUGUCGCAAUGGUGACAGCACCAGAGCCUGCGUCCCAGCGGCGGACACCAGCCGUUCUGACUUGAACUCUAGAGGAGGAGGAGGAGGAGGAGGAUUGGAGCCUGUCAAAGUGAACAAACUUGUGACCACCAGCAGAUCAACACUACUCCUCACUGCUGUCACAGGAAGAAGGCAACGACCAACAAAGAGGAACCAAAAAAAUGAACCAAGUGUUUCCCCCGGAGUUUUUUUUUUCCGGGAGAGAACUUGACACCUCUUGCUCACUUUUCAUGCUGAUUUCUUAUAUUUGUAUUUUAAUGUGACUUGUGUGUCCUCGUCACAUUCAUAGUUGUACAUUUUUCUCGUGUUUUGUUGUGUCAGUGAAGAUUACCUUUGUGUUACCUUUUGUGCUUUGUAUCGUAACCACCGGUCUUUAUUUUGCACAUAUACCUCCCUCCCAGUUGGAUUUGACUGUUUUAAUCGUCGCUGUUGCUUUAUCAUCUCAUUUUAUUAUACACUUUUGCUGUGGGGAGACUGUAGUAGCACGUGUUUGCUGAAAGCUAGUGCUUAUAACACAAGUUUGACUUGUUUUUGUCCGCUCGUGCUGAACUCGGUGGUACACGGCAGAGGAAAGGUUCUCUCGGCAGCUGCGGUUUUGUCAGGAAGAGGUGGAGAGGAGUCCGUUUAUUGUUGUUUCUCUGGCAGAAACUCUCGUCAGUACGUCUGUCCUAAAGUGGAACGAUGUGUUUGUGGAAGUGGACAUGGAUGAGGAUGCGUGACACAGACAGUGAGGACUGGACUGGGUCCUCUUCUCACUUGUAUUGAAGUCACUGUAUGAAGGGAAGUCUUCAUGGCCAGUCAGGAGAAGAUUUAGAGAAGUAAACCUAGACAUGUUUCCAUCAGGGCUGUCACUCAAUGCGAGGGUCUGUACAAUCUAUCACUUCAAAUCAUACAUAUUUUAAUUAUUCACCAUUUAUUAUGGUAAAAUAAACAACAAAUAUGGGGCUGUUUUUUGUUAACUCCCUCCAUCUUGACCCUUUUUUUUGCAGAAGUGACAGCCCUAGAUUUACAGUCGGGAAGCCAAAGCUGUAGCUAGUUAGUCUUAAUUGCAGUGCAACAACAAGCCAAACUUGCCCAAGUCGUAACGUUCACUCAAUGCUAACACCUGACUAACGGAAAACCAAAGCUUCAUGAAGUCACGCAGAGCUGUUCGGGCUCGCGUGAUCGGUGUAGGUAAAAACGUUUUAAUGUGUGGAUUUGCUGGAUUGAAAAUGCAAUAAAAAUAAAAGAUGGGCUCAUAAAACUGA